AGAGCGCGAGAGAGAAGAGACGAAGGGAAGAGGAGGAGAGGAGAGGUCCAGCUGCAGAGAGAGGGAGAGAGAGAGAGAGAGAGGGUGAGAGAGAGAUACGACUUGAUACGACAAUGGAAGCAGCCUCGAGCAGCCGGUAGAAGCCGACGGGAAACGAGAAGCCGAGGAGAAAACGAAGAGCCAAGCGAGCGAGGCUUUUUUUUUUUUUUUUUUUUUUUUUUUCCUAUUUAAAACGCGGGAUUUAAGAGUCGGCUCGCGCGCCUGACGCGGAGUUGUGGACUAAAAUGGAGCAGUGAGAUUUAGGGGGGAAACGAGGCUCUGUCUCCAUCACUGAGAGGCGCGUCCACCUGCUACGAGCCGAGGCCCGGGAAAAAGAGAGAGAGAGAGAGAGAGAGAGAGAAGAAAACAUGGAGAAGUGGGUGCGCUGAAGGGGGGAAAACGUUUAUCCGACCGGCUCCAGCUUUGAUUUUAUGCGCCAUCUCAGUCAGAGGUAGGACAGUGGAGAUGAUGCACAAGCGGAGUGACGCCCUCUCUCAUUGAUGGAUGUCCUAAAGGAGACCGGUCUCCUUGUGCCGGCUUUGAAUUCAGUGCAGACCAAUGCACUGGACCAGACCGGGUCAUGUGAGCUGAGAGGUAACCUAAAGCUGUAUGGUGCUGCAGAAAACACCUUCCCCCUAUCCUCCUCAGUUGCUGUAUUGAGUGCCCAGAGAGGUGGUUCAGACGGCCACAGAGUAGCAUUGGCAUUAAGAGAGUACUGCCUCCCAAGCCCACCCUCACCACAGACUCUAACUGAGACUCCUGAGCAACCCACUGAUGAAACCAGCAGCUGUGCCAUAUCCCUCACAGCUUGCGUUACCAAGGAUGUAAAUCCCUGGUCCCUGUCAGAGGACUGUAAUAAACCACCCCUCACCAUGAUGGAGCCAAUGGGGAUAUCUGGAAUGACAGAGGACUGCCUAAUCCAGCAAAGCCGCACUUGCCUGGGCUGCAUCAUUGAGACUAAGGAUGCACUGGAUAAUGAGCCCAUUAUCAAUCUAAAAAUGACUGACAUGAACCGUGAGUAUGAUGCUUGCUCCAUCUCCAACAUGCAGUGUAUGGGCCUCAGUGAAACAGGCAAUUGCUCGGAGCAGCUUUUGGCUGACCAGCUUUUGAGCUUUCCCAUGCCUAAAUCCCAGAUGGGGGAGAAAAAGAAUUUAGAUAAAACAGAAAAUGACCCAGAUCAGACAUCCAGAAACAUGUAUGAAGGCCUUCUGCUAGACAAAUGCAAUGGAGAAGAUAGUCUGCUCCCCAGUUCAAACCAGGACUGGGGUUACAUCGAGUCCUUUAUCAGUGAGAGCAAAAUGGAGUUGUUGGACCUAUGUUCAAAAAAUGAGCUUUCAGUAAACCUUUUCUCAGAGGAGGAUGUGGAUAACUAUAUGUUUGACGAUGACGAUGAUUCUGCCCUGAGCAGUGACAUGUGCUCACUGAAAAUCCGCUAUGAGUCUUUCCAGGACAACAUGAGGGAAAAGACAAAUGUCCUGCAGGAGGAAACACAGUUUAACUUUUUUCCCAGUGUCCUGGUAAACUCCACAAAAGUAGAGGGUAGUGUGGUAAAGAGGAGUGCAGAUGACCUCUUACCUAAACCUGAAGACCUUGCACUAGAGAAUGAACAUAAAGAAAAUGGCAGUGAUAGCUCCUUAGAGAGGGCAUCUGAUUACAGUCCAAAAAUUAACUACUUUAUUGAUUCUAGCAAUUCAACUGAAGACUCAGAGGACUAUAGUGAUGACAGCUCUAGCACUGGGUCCUCCAUUGACACUUUUCAUGAGAGCAAAGAGAGAAACUUAUUGUCACGAAAGAAUGUUUGCUCUUCCAGCCCUCUAAACUACGGAUUAAGAGCAAAAAGAAAAGUCAGGUACAGUGAUGACUACCUUUAUGAUGUUGACUCGAUUGAAAGUGAAAAAAACAAUGAAAAGCGUGAACAGACACCUUCUGGUCCAAGACAGGAAGAGGAUGAUGACUGGUGCCCUAAAAAGAGAAGAAAAUCUUCCCGCAAAGAGCCACCCAUGAUAAUCAAAUAUAUUAUUAUCAACAGGUUCAAAGGAGAAAAACACAUGUGUGUAAAGCUCUACAAAACUGAUCCAACAGUCACGACUGUAAGUUUAAAUGAGAACAAAAUUAGUGAAUAUGAAAAACUGGCUCCUCUGAAGGAUUUCUGGCAGAAGAAACAGAGGGAGCAUGAAGAACAGCUUAGACUGCAUGCAGAAGAUCAACACAAUUUUCAUCUUAAUGGCCAGAAUCGAUCGUUUAGUUCUAGCCCUCCCAAAAGGAAAUAUAAGCUAGCAAACAGACUUAGGAUUCAGAGGAUUCAAGCUGUGCUGCAAUCACCUCACAAGCAGGGCUUCUCUUACUCUGAUCUGAGGCAGGAAUCUGGCUCUAAAGAAGAGACAGCUCCCACAGCAAGACCUUUAACAAUAUCAAACCCCAGUUGUUCAAGUACAUUAGACCCAAAUGACAUCAUACACACUGUUACCCCAAAGAGCAGAUCACAAGAGAGGGAGGAGAGGAGAAUAGGAAAUAAAUUGGUCAGAAUCCGAAAAUUCAAAAGCGAAGCAAGGCUCAGAAGUGAGAAAAUGAAGAAAUUUGAAGAGAACAGUGAAAGCAAGACAAACAAGACUGAAACAUGUGCUGUGACAGAAAAUAAGGACACUGUAGGGGGUGGGAACGAAACAGAGAUCAACUCAGCUGCACACAGUCCUCAGAGUCAAACAGCUGAGACCACUGAAAAAAUAGUUUUCAUGUCUAACACCUGCUCUUAUAACAAAACUACGUCAUCUGAUGAUGUGGCCACAGGUAUGUCUGUUAUCCCUGGAGGCUAUCUGCAGACAUUAUUGGAAGCCUCAGACUCCUUGGGUGGCUCUGGUGGCUCUUUUUUUCCUCAGCAGAACCCCAGGCAACAAUCUCUGGGUCUCUCUCUGGAAGAGCAGCAAUUUGCUUCUCUUCAGCUGGCCCAAAGCUGUGUACUCUCCCCACCCUCUGAAUCAGAGCUCCAACAGUCUCCUCAGAACUGCCCCAGUCUCACCCAAAUGUGGCAUACCCAGCUUGACCCAAAUCAGCAGUUCACUACGGAUAUCCCUGAGACAGCAGUCUUGCCCAACAACUUCCCUAGUACCAUGUCUUUGCCAAUCUCAGAGAACCUUGCAGUUCCAGGGUACAGUCAGUUGGGGCUGGAUACCAACAGAAUGCUUUAUGAAAAAAAUUACAUGCCUGAGCAGGCACUGCCAUCUGAUUCAGACUUCCAAGCAUGUCAAGUUCCCAAUAUGGAAGGCCAGCUACAGUUUCAAAGAGGGACACUGCACAGUGACAAUGGAAGGCUCAUCAGUUUUGACUCAGUUGGCUCGCUGUCAGCUACUUCUAGCAAUUACAGCUCUCUAAGUCUCAAGUCUUGUGAGAAAGAUGGCGAGAAUGAUGUGAACGAGAACUUUCUGGCCCACUGCAGUCCCAAACUGGUGAUUCAGCAGAGCAUUGAUGCAAUCACACCACUGAGGGAGUCAACAGACUUGCUAGAUAUCUCCAAUUUCACUCCUGAUAAAUUUAGACAUGCAUCACUGUCAGAGCUCUCACCUCCUGAGACACCCAACUUGUCCCCGCAGGUCACAUGGCGAGAGUUGAAGAUAUUGGGAAAUCCCAAGGUUCUCCAGAAUGGGUCUGAGCUGACAUUGGAGGGUGCUCAAGAGGUGAAAUGGAAUUGCAACAUGACAGAACACCAAGAACACCUGGCUGGAUUUGCAGUAGAUAAUAACCAGUAUCAGUUGCACAGUUCUAAUAAUGACAACCAUAUAACCCUGGAAAAGAAGUCAAUGAAUGAAACUGACUUUGAUGAGCAAGGUGCUGACAUGACCACUGGGAAAAAAGGCUCAAAGAGGAAAAGCAACAACAAGCAAACUUCAGGACAAAGUGCUAAAAAAAGCAAAGCAACCAAACCAAAAGCUGCAAAGGGAGAGAAGGUCAAGACCCCACGACAGAAUUCACGAGCAUCCAAAAAGCUGAAAGCCUUACUGGAUGAAAAGACUAAAGGCCAACUCGGGGACUCAAAGUGUAUGACACACCAGCUGACAGAUAGCAGCUCUGAGGACUGGCCAGGAAUAGGCUGGUCAGAGACCAACAGUUACACGGAUGACCAGCGAGAGUUUGAAGAGCCGUCCAACAUCCUUUCUAACAUAGUAUCAGGGAUGGCUGAAGUGCAGCGUUUCAUGAUGACCUCAAUUGAGCCAAUAUGGGGCCCUGCAACAGACAUCUGUUUACCCUCAGAGGCAAAUAGUCUAAAGUUAAAGACUCUCAAAAUCCUGGCAGGAACCUCAUCUGAGCCCAAGAAAAAAGGUGCUGUGUCUGCUGAAGGUACAAAAGGCAAGAAAGGAGGAGGGAAAUGUGGCAAAAAUCAAGCUAAGUUCAAUGCCUCACAUCCCCUUUUCCCCCAGUUGGCUCUGGGCUGUAACAUGUUCGAUAAGUCUAAUCUUGGGGUACCAGGCAUAAAUGGACCUGCACACAAAAAAAUGUACCGUCACAAAACCAGUGCAAAAUUCCCUCGGAUUGAAAACCUUAAAGGCAAGCGGGCCGACCCAAAUAAGGACAUAGCAUUGAUGACCUCAUUUGAAAAACUGAGGUAAUAUUUUGUAACUAGCUGCUGAUGCACGUUCCUCACUUUCCCCCACUUCCCGCUCAGCCCUCAGUCCCUGGCAUACCCGCACUGACUCAAAGCCAGAGAUGCAUGGAAAUUACCCACCCUUCUUACUUUGGUCCUCUGAAGAAGAUAUAGAUAUCUUGCAUGAGAAACUACAUGUACUUACAAACUACCUAUUGAGUGAUUGUGCAAGGCUUGAUUGAGAUUUUAACCUACCAUGGCUGCAUUUUCUUCAUGCUUUUGCAAUUUUUCCUUGUAGUUGUUUUGGUUCUUUUUGUCUGAAGAUAAAAAAAGCCCUUCAUAAAUGCAAUGUGUCUUCUUGGGAGCCAUUUUUUAAAAGUGAAAUUUGCUACCCUAAAUGUGUGUUAUUAUACUUCUUUGUUUGAAACGUAGCUAUUUGGUUAAAAAUGCUGUUGUGUAAAUUAAGCUCCCCAAUUAGGUUUUGUAUGCAAAACAAGAUGACCUCGUCUUGCUCUCUCCCCCAUACUGCCUGACUUUUUCAAUUCAAAAUGCUCAUCCUGCUAUCUUGGAUAAGCAACAUCCUUUGUAGGCCCUAAAAACGUCAAUAGCACAUAUUGGGACCAUUUUGUAUCAAAGACAUAUCAGAUUAACAUUUUGUCCUAUUUUUUCUUACUGAUGGCAUGGAAUUAUAAUUUUAUUCUUAUGCUUUUACUAUGCUUUUACAGGAGUAUUACUGGAACUUAUCUUAGAGGGACAUUUCUAAGCCAUGGAAACUCACUUUUUUGGGUGUCCCUGUACAGAAAUGCACUAUUUAAUGACAACAUGAAUUCUAAAGAUCAAUGUGCCAAAUGUAAACUCUGUGCAAAUUUAUUAUCAAUAUAAAUACUGGCUGUUGAAUUUACUAUUCAUAAAAUUUUGGCCAUACCCUUUCAAGACUGUGAGAGUUAACAUUCCAGAUUUUUCCUCUUUUCUUUUGGGAUCCUAUAUUGUGAAGAGCACCUGCAGCUGACAGUGGUACAUAGCCACUCACAUAACCAAAACAACAAGACUGAACUGUCCUCUUUUUUUUUCACUGACUUGCCAAAAUCAAUUUACCUCAGCAUUAUGUGGCUUUGAAUAUAAAGACAAACAAGGAAUGAUGAAAAGCACAGAAGAGGAUAUGGACACUGUCCCUUCUGGAUAGACAAGGACAACAUAUUGACAUUAAAGGGUGAGCAUGAUAAUGAUUAUGUGAUUCCUUUUACUGAAAUUCAUGGGAAUGCCUGUUUCAAGUUAUUUCAAAUGAGUGCUGAAGUUAAAAGGAAUACUUUGGGAGACAUUCACAUAAUUCACAUAAAUGUCUACAUGCCUCCAAUGAAGGUUCAGGAAAGAUUAAAAUGUACAAAAAUAACGGAAAGAUUAAAAUAUUUGGUGUUCAGAUUCUGCUUCGGGAACUACAUGGCUAACAAACACAUAAUAGAAGCAUAUGAGCACUAAUUUAUGAAGGUCUAGAAGGUUAUCCAUUGUUAUUUUUUUUUUUCAGUCCAGUUAUCUCAAGAUAAAGACUUAUUGUUCACAUAAUCAUGAGGUAGCAAAUUGUUUUAUGGAGACAAUAAACUGGUCGGUUAGACUUGGAGAUACAUUUUUAGGAAAUUUCUUAGAAAUCUUUAGGGCACAGUGGGUAACCUGGCUGCCUCUCAGCCCCAAGGCCUUGGGUUUGAGUCUGAGCUUGGGUUUGUGUAUGUGUAGGUUUUCUCGUUUCCUACUCCUCCAAAAAACAUGCAGGUAGGCAGAUUGGUGACACUAAAUUGCUCCAAGGUGUGACUGUGUGUGCAUAGUACUCUGCAUCUUGUUAUAUUUUAACAGCUGUGGGAGCUUUAUGCAUUAACAAUGCUAGACACAACAAACUGUUUCGUAGCCAGUUAACUUCCAUGGCAAAUGCCUGAAUGGUAUAUAUAGAAAGCUAGAAGCAAGUUGGUUGAAAAUAUAGUUUGAGCAUUAUUUUUAAAGUAAAUACUUAUUUUGCUUUUGGCGACACUGCAAUAUAAAAAAGUAUUAUUUAGCCAACAGUAUUGGUCAUGGUGUCUGAGGCAUGCAUUUUGCCUUUAUUGGUUGAUAGUGGGUGGUAGUAAUUGGCGAUCAUAAACUUCUACUACUUAUUAGCCUAAUUAGCAUUAUACCAAUGCAAAGCUAAACAAAGACCAGUUGCAUUUGAAGUAUGUAAGGCAUUUAAAGUACACAGAUUUUAAUUGUACUGUAUGUGAAUUAGAUUUUUCCCCCUACUUUGCAUAUUACAUAUCUAACACAAUCAUAUUUAAUCUAAUAAUGUGAUAUAUCUAAUAUCUUAUCUAAUAAUCUAAUAAUGUGAACGUCCAGCAAUUAAAUGGUCAUUAACAUCCAUAUAUCAUUUACAUAUACACAUACGCACAACUUGUACCUGAAAUAUUUUACCAUUACAGAUUUUUCCCCAGUGAUUACUGAAGUACAGUGCAGUUACUGCCUGCAUUUUGUGUAUCCGAAUGGAAUUAUUGUGCACUAGGUGAAUUAUUAGGUAAAUGUGGCUUGGGCUUGAAUUUCACCUGUGAAGCUUUUGCUCAUAAAUGCUUACUGAAAACAGGUCACACUUGUUAACAUCUAUGAAUGUCAAGAAAUUUGCUUGGUUGUAUAGGAGAUAGUGCAUUUGGUGAUUCAGUUCACUUGGGUAUUGGCUAACUAAGCCAAGAAUCAGGACCUAUUUCUACAUAUUUACAGAUAUAUUCACUAAUAUCCGAGUUGGGGAUUGUACGGAAUUAAACACUGACCUUGAAUCAUCCAUUUAACACCCACCAGCCGCUUUAGUAGGAACACCUGUACUCCUGCUCAUUCAUGCAGUUAUCCAAUCAGCCAGUCAUGUGGCAGCAGCGCAAUGCAUAAAAUCCUACAGAUUUUUUUUUUUCCUACAGGUCAAGAGCUUCAGUUACAAAAUGUUCACAUGUUCACAUGUUCACAAAAUCCCAGGAGAUUUUGCAGUUUCUGAAAUACUCAGCCCGCCUGGCACCAAAAAGCCAAAUCAAAGUCACAGAGAUCACAUUUUCCCCCCAUUCUGAUGUUAGAUAUGACAAUUAACUGAAGCUCUUGACCUAUAUCUUCAUGAUUUUAUGCAUUGCGCAGAUACCACAUGAUUGGAUAAUUGCAUGAAUACAGGUGUUCCUAUUAAAGUGGUUGGUGAGUAUAUGUGUAUGUCUUUGUAUUUAUUCACAUCUGAUUUAAAAAAAUAAAAAUAUUCUAGAAAAGAUAAGGGGACAAGGGACAUGGGACAUGGAAAAUGCCUUAAUGCCUAAAAGUAUGCUCAUUCAUUACUGCAACAUUUUUGCAACAUAACAUUUUUUUGCUCAGUUUUGCUCUGUGUCCUUUUGCCUCUCUCCAUUUUGUCUAGCAUGCCAUAAUUAAGGACCAGGACAUGCUGGUGAAGAAAAAAACCGCACAUGGGCUAUCAUGCCCUCUUGCCUGCCUUCUUUCAUUUCUGCCUAUUUUCAACUGAAUGUACUUCUUUGAGAUUUGUACAGUGUGCCACUGUUGAGCUGCCUCUUCUUACUGGUGCUAAGAAAGCAAAUCCCUGAUAUGACUAUAUCUAAAUAUAUAUAGUUAUAAACAAGAGAAAACCCUAAUCCUCUCUAUAUCCU